ACUCCGCGACGGCGGUGACGUUUGCUGAUUGGCUUCUGCCGUCACGGCGGCUGGCUCGCAUCCACUGUGUUGGAGCCACAUGGUUUUAGAAUACAUUACCCUUGGCGGCUACAAGUACGGUCGUCGUGACUCGUGAUCGCUCACGAGACCAUUCCUAGGUGGUGAUGGCGGAAAUGUGCAGAGUGGAGAAGCGUGGGCGGGUGUACCUCCUCACCCUCGCCGGCACCGACGAGCACCGCCUCAACCCCGCCCUCCUCGACGCCAUCCGCUCCGCCCUCGCCGGCGUCCGCUCAGACGCCGCGGCGUCGGGCGGAUCCGCCGCCCUCGUCGUCGCCGCCGAGGGCAAGUUCUUCUCCAACGGCUUCGACCUCGCCUGGGCCAGGGUCUCCCCCUCCGACCGCGCCCCGCUGAUGGCCCCCGCCCUGCAACGCACCAUCGCCGACCUCCUCUCCCUCCCCAUGCCCACCAUCGCCGCCGUCACCGGCCACGCCGCCGCCGCCGGGUGCUUCCUCGUGCUGAGCCACGACUAUGUGGUCAUGCGGGCCGACCGGGGGUUCCUCUACAUGAGCGAGAUCGACAUCGGGUUGCCGAUCACGGAGAACAUCAUGGCCGUGAUGAGGGCCAAGAUCGCCGACCCGAGGACGCGCCGGGACUUGCUGCUGCGGGGGAAGAGGAUGACGGCGGCGGAAGCGGCGGCGAGGGGGAUCGUCGUUCGGGCGGUGGAAGGGGCUGCGGAGACGGUGGAGGCGGCGGUGGCGAUGGGGGAGGAACUGGCGGCCAGGAAUUGGGACGGCGAGGUGUACGCCUCGAUAAGGAAGGGGGUGUUUCGUGAGGCAUGCAGAGGGAUCGGGGUAGCGGUGGAGGAAGAGGAGGCGGAGAUGAAGAAGGCAGCCUCCAAGCUCUGAAUCCGUUGACCGGGAUAGCGUAUCGCUUGCUUAAAUGUUAAGAUUGGGCUGAGGCAGCGGAAAGUUAGAAGAUUUUGGGCAGAUCUUUGUUAGCAUAAAUGUAUUUGUUGUAUAAGCCACUCUGCAUCUAAUGAAAUGGUGACGAUGAAUCUAAACCUGUGGAUUUUGUGUAAGUUAAAGGAUCUCUCAUGUUUAGGAUUUUGGAAUGUUAAGUUAAAUUCAUGUAAUGAUAUGAACUUAUGGU